ACUUCAAGUCCGGACACUUUCACCCCCCUUCCAGUCCGGACGCUUUCACCCCCCUUCCAGUCCGGACGCUUUCACCCCCUUCAAGUCUGGACGCUUUCACUCCCUUCCAGUCCGGACACUUUCACCCUCUUCCAGUCCAGACACUUUCACCCCCCCUUCCAGUCCGGAUGCUUUCACCCCCUUCCAGUCCGGACACUUUCACCCCCUGCCAGCCUGGACACUUUCAUCCCCCUUCCAGUCCAGAUGCUUUCACCCCCUUCCAGUCUGGACCAGUGGCGGACUGACCAUUUGAGCACUCGUCCGCCCCUGGUCCGGACACUUUCACCCCCCUUCCAGUCCAGA